AUGAGCAACAGCAUGCGCGAUUUAAUCUCUGGGGAGGCCGAGUUGGACGACGAGGAGGACGACGAGUCUUUUGACGAGGAUGAUGGUGGCAACCGCAGACGGAGACCUGCCGUCGAAGACUCGAGCGAGGAGGAGGAAGACGAUGACGAUGAAGAGGAAGCUCGCAAGGUUCGCGAAGGUUUCAUCGUCGACGAAGAUGAGGACGAAGACGACGUUGACGAGGAUGACGCUGAUGUGCGACCCGUGGUCAAAAGAAAGCGAGAGCAUCGCGACCGUGAAGAGGAGGAGCAACUAGAUGAAGAUGAUCUAGAGCUGAUCGGCGAACAAUUUGGCGAGCGACCCAAGCCGCAGAGUCAGUCCCAGUACAAACGUCUUAAGCGCGGCCAUCGCGGCGAAGAUCGCGCAUCCGAGCGUCGUGGCCUUGAAGAAAUCUUUUCCGACGACGAAGAUGACGCGGGCGAGCAACGAAACUAUGGCAGGUCAUACCGAGGACAGGUCGACGAGUUUGAAGACUUCAUCGAAGAGGACUUCCCCGACGACCCGGAUGUGAAAGCACGGGAGAUGGAAGAUGCUGAAGUCGCCCGACCCAGAGAUCGCGGUGUUGGUCAUGUCAUUGACACCACCAAUCUGGACAAGGACGCGUUGGACGACAUGGAGGCUAUCUUCGGCAAUGGCGAGGACUACGACUGGGCACUCCAGAUGGAAGAGGAGGAAGAAGACCGUGAAAGGGAGGAGCAGGCCAUCGAACUCAAGGAUGUGUUUGAACCGUCCCAGCUGAAGGAGAAGCUCCUGACCGACGAGGAUAACGAGAUCCGCUUCACCGACGAGCCUGAACGAUUCCAACUCGACCGAAAGAACUUCAAGAACCUGCAGCUCACCGCCGAGCAGUUCAGAGAGGAGGCACGGUGGAUUACCAACCAGCUGUGGCCAAAGAAGGGCCUGGCCCCCGAUCUGCAGAGCCCAUUCGGCAAAGCUGUUGGCAAAGUCCUCGAGUUCUUCAUUGUCGAUGAGGUGGAAGUGCCCUACGUCUUCCAACACCGCAAAGACUACCUGCUUCAUACUCGAAAGACGCGCAACCCCAACCGCGACGAUCCUGAUGCCCCUGAAUAUGUCAUCAGUGCCGAAAAGCUACUGAACCAAGAUGACCUCUGGAAGAUUUUGGAGUUGGAUAUUAAGUUCCGAUCUUUCGUGGACAAGAGAAACUCGCUCGAAAAGACCUUUGAGAACCUUCGAGGCUUGGAUAUCAACGACUCGAUUGUGGAGGAGAUGAUUCCCGAGGCCACAACCAUGGAGGAACUCCAGGAUCUGCAGGACUACUUGCAUUUUCAAUAUGGACCCCAGCUCAAGGACCUUGCCGCCAUGGCUGGCAACCUUUCCCUUACGAAGCGGCCGGGUUCCAAGUCGAAUCUCCUGGAGCGAGUCCGCCAGGGCAAGGCAUACAACUUUGUUCGUGCCUAUGGCAUUAGCGCAGACCAGCUCGCCAAGAAUGCUUUGCGACAGGGAAAGAAGGUGUCUCCUGAUGAUGACGCUCAAUAUCCUAUGGACUUGGCCGACAGCUUGAUUGAUGAUAACUUCAGCACAGGCGAUCAGGUCAUGAACGCAGCACGACAGAUGUAUGCUGAGGAGCUGUUUGCCAGUCCGAGAAUGCGCAAGCAUUUCCGAAACUCGUACUACCAGGCUGCUGAGAUCAGCUGUCGACGAACCGACAAGGGACUGCGCAGGAUCGACGAGACUCACCCUUACUACGAGGUGAAGUACUUGCAAAACCAGGCCAUUGCCGACCUUGUUCAUCAGCCUGAGCUCUUCCUCAAGAUGAUGAAGGCCGAGGAGGAAGGAUUGGUCAGCAUCAAGCUUGAUAUGCCCGCCAGAUACGACUUCCGCAGGCAGCUCUAUCAGGAGUUCGAGUCGGAGAACUUCAGUGAUCGAGCGGAACAAUGGCGGGAAGAACGCAAGAAGGUCCUCGACGUCGCAUACCCCAAAUUGGAGAAGAUCAUUGCCAAGAACGUCAAGGAGGUUAUCCGAACGUUCUGUCAGGAUGAGGUGCUCAAGAUGUGCCGAGAAGAGUACGCCAAGCGACUCGACCAGGCGCCUUACAAACCCAAGGGCAUGAUUUUGGGUACCACUCCUCGUGUGCUGGUUCUCUCCAACGGUAUGAGUGACCCUGCUCGCGAUCCCGUCUGCUGGGCUUGGGUCGAGGAAGAUGGGCGAGUGAUUGAGCAAGGAAAGUUUGGCAAUCUUGCUCGAGACGAGCGCCAGCGAGAGGACUUUGUUGAAGUUGUCAACCGCCGUCGACCCGAUGUGAUUGGUGUCAGCGGUUGGUCUGCCGAUACCAACAAGCUUGUGCGUGACCUGGAGACUCUGGUUACCGAGAAGGGCCUCAUGGGUCCCGAGUUUGAGGACCCAGACACAAACGACUACCGCACAGAGCCUUUGGAGGUUGUGGUGGUGAACGACGAGGUGGCCCGCCUGUACAAGGACAGCCCCCGAGCGCUUGCCGAGCACCCGAGCCUCAACCCCGUCACAAGGUACUGUGUUGCUCUGGCACGCUACAUGCAGAACCCCAUGAAGGAGUACGCGGCCCUCGGUAGGGAUGUUACCUCCCUCUCUUACCACCCGUGCCAGAACCUCCUCCCUCCCGAGAAGCUGGCCAAGUAUCUCGACUCGGCCAUGGUCGACAUGGUCAACCUCUGUGGUGUGGACAUUAAUGAAGCCAUGACCGACAGUUACACUGCCAACCUCUUGCCGUACGUCUCGGGUCUGGGACCACGAAAAGCCUCGAGCGUGAUAAAGGCGAUCAAUGCCAACGGCGGCGCUGUUAAUACCAGAGAUGAGCUCGUUGGCGAUCCCGAUAGCGGCAAGUUGCCAGUCGUGGGCCCCAGGGUGUGGAACAACUGCGCGAGUUUCCUCUUCAUCGAAUACGAGGCCACUAACCCGUCUUCUGACCCUUUGGAUAACACGCGUGUGCACCCUGAAGACUACGAACUUGGCCGCAAGAUGGCGGCCGACGCUCUGGAGCUUGACGAGGAAGACGUCAAGGCUGAGACAGACGAGAAUGGCCCGGGUGCAAUCGUGCGGAAACUCUUUAAGCAAGAUGAGCAGGACAAAGUCAACGAGCUUGUCCUGGAGGAGUAUGCAGAGCAGCUUGAGAGGAACUACAGUCAACGCAAGCGAGCCACUCUGGAGACGAUUCGUGCCGAACUCCAGGCUCCUUACGAGGAGCUGCGAAGGAACUUUGGCCUGCUAACGGCCUCAGAGAUCUUUACCAUGUUCACUGGCGAAACCAAGUUGACACUUUGCGACGGCAUGAUUGUGCCCGUCAACGUGCGAAUUGUCAAGGAUGACUUUGCCAUUGUCAAGCUGGAUUGUGGUAUCGAGGGCAGAGUCGAGGCUCAUGAAGCCAGCCACCGCGCGUCCAUCAAGGAGGUGCUCAGUGUUGGACAGACAGCGCAGGCCAAGAUCCUGGACAUCAACUACAAGGAUUUCAUGGCCAAGUUGUCAAUGCGGGAAGACUCGCUGCGGAUUCCGUACAAGCGGCCAAUCAACUUUGGACGUGAUGGGUGGGAUUACGCCCUUGAAGCGGCGGACAAGGAGGAGCUGCGGGAGAAGGACAAGACCACGGGCCGAACGCAGCGUGUGGUCAAGCAUCCCAACUUCAAGCCAUUCAACGGUAUCCAGGCCGAGGAGUACCUCGGAUCGCAACCCAACGGUGAGGUGAUUAUCCGUCCCUCGUCCAAGGGUAACGAUCAUCUGGCGGUCACGUGGAAGGUUGCAGAUGGCGUUUACCAGCACAUCGACGUGCUGGAGAUGCAGAAGGAGACGGAGUUCUCGGUGGGCAAGCUGCUGCGCGUUGGCGGCAAGUACACGUACAGUGAUCUGGACGAGCUGAUCGUGGAGCACGUCAAGGCCAUGGUGCGCAAGGUGGAGGAGAUGAUGCGGCACGACAAGUUCCAGAGCCGAUCUCGGGGAGAGACGGAGAACUGGCUAACGACAUACAUCAACGCCAACCCGAACCAGUCAACGUAUGCAUUCUGCAUUGACACCAAGCACCCUGGGUACUUCUGGCUGUGCUUCAAGGCCAGCCGGACGGCCAAGGUGAUAGGGCUGCCGGUACGAACGAUCCCGCAGGGCUUUGAGCUCAAGGGUUACCAGUACCCGGACAUGCGAGCACUGUGCAACGGUUUCAAGCUGCGAUACCAGAACGAGUUUUCCAAGAUGGGACGCCGUUAG